GGUAAUCCAUGUUAUGAUCGCGAAACGUUAGCACCGCAGCGAUGUGUGCCCGACUUCAUCAAUGCUGCGUUUAACCUCGAAGUUGAGGUGACGAACACAUGCGGUGUCAAACAUCCGACAAAGUUCUGUGUACAGUCGGGUCAUUCAGCUGCGCGGAGUGUCUGUGACACUUGCGAUGCAAGGCAUCCGGCCUUUGAGCAUCCAGCGCGAUAUUUAACAGAUUUUAAUAAUGCCAAUAAUGAAACGUGGUGGCAGUCAGAGACUAUGAAUGAGGAUAUGCAGUAUCCAAAUAGCGUUAAUCUAACACUCACUCUUGGUAAAACCUUUGAUAUUACUUAUGUCCGGCUAAAAUUUAUCUCACCUCGACCGGAAUCCUUUGCUAUAUAUAAGAAAACAUCAUUAGAUGAUGAAUGGGUACCGUGGCAAUACUAUUCCGGUUCCUGUCGCGCUACCUACGGCCUUCCGGACAAGGCUCCUAUUCUUCCUGGUAAUGAAGCUGUUGCUCAAUGUACUAAGGAGUUUUCUGAUAUAUCGCCCAUAACUGGUGGAAAUAUCGCGUUUUCAACACUUGAGGGUAUGCAGAUUGUAUUUGCUAUUUGUUAG